AUGAAUGAGAAAAUUGUUAUCGGAAGAUGUGAUGAAGAUAUAAUUCUCCCUUGCUCAUUUGAGAGUGGGCCUGAAAUUGUAAUUCACUGGAACAUUAAAGAUAAAAACAAUGUUCACAGUUAUUACAAAGGCACAGACCACCUGGAAACACAAGAUCCAAGAUAUGCAAAUAGGACAUCCCUUUUCCACAGCGAGAUUCACAAUGGGAAUGCCUCUCUGUCUGUCAGUAGAUUAAGUCUUCUGGAUGAAGGAAUUUAUACUUGUUAUGUGGGAACAACAACUAAAUAUAUCACAAACAAAGUGGUGCUAAAGGUGGGAGCUUUUCACACACCCGUAAUGAUGUAUGAAAAGAGGAACACAAGCAGCUUCCUGGUAUGCAGUAUGCCAAGUGUUUAUCCUCGUCCACAUAUCACAUGGAAAAGGGACAACACUUUUGUCCCUGAAAGCAAAACUGAAGAAAUUGGAUAUUUGGGUCCUUUUCAUAUCAACAGUACAAUAAAUAUUACAGAAUCAAAUUCAUCUUAUGAAUGUGCUAUUGAAAAUUCAUUGCUGAAUCAAACGUGGAUAGGACGAUGGACACUAGCAGAUGGCUUUUACAAAAUGCAAAGUGAACAGAUUUCACUUUCAUGUCAAGUUAUCAUCAGUUCUCUUCUACAAAAUCAAGACUUCAGUGUCACUUGGUCCAGAGUAGAAAGUCAGACUUCCCAUGACUUGGCUUGGUAUCUGAGCUCCUCACAAAAUACAAUAAUUAAUGAACCUCGAUUCUCAUGGAACAAAGAGCUGGUAAAUCAGAGUGACUUCUCUAUGACUUUGACAGAUCUUACUCCUUCAGAUAGUGGGGAAUAUUUGUGCAUUGUUUCUUCAAGCAAAUAUACUUUACUCACCAUCCACAGAUUGCAUGUAGGAAUCCCUACUUCCUUUAACACUAAUUACAAUUCUAGUCCAGACCAAGAUGUGAGAAGUUCAGGCUCCUCUGGUUUUUCCUGA